CGGAUAGCUGUCGCGCGUCCGGCGGAGUGAUCUGAAGGCGUCCCGAGAGCAGGACUCGACAGCUAAACCGACUGUAAUUUCAGAACAGGUAGAUAGCAGACUUUUCCCCCCUCUCUUCUCGGCGCAGAACCAGCGGCCGACACGGCGACACACACCGGGACCAUGGAGAGGAAGAGUCUACCCGUCAAGCGCAUUCUCAACAAGCCCCAGAUCUUCCGCAAUGACCUUCGCACCGACGCCAACGCCGGCCAGUCACGGGCGGGCCGAUCGCUGCAGGCCAAAGUGCAGAGAAGCAGACACAAGCACCUCUACGACGUAAACCAUCAGAUCAAGGUCAAACCUGACUUGAACACGACACUCCCUGUUCGACAGACUGCCUCCAUCUUCAAGCAGCCUGUCACUAAGAUAACUAACCAUCCCAGCAACAAGGUGAAAACAGACCCUCAGAAAGCGGUGGACCAACCAAAACAACUGUUCUGGGAGAGGAAGUUGAGCGGGCUAAAUGCAUUCGACAUAGCAGAAGAGCUGGUGAAAACUAUGGACCUUCCCAAAGGUUUACAGAGUGUCGGCCCUGUGUGUUCCGAUAAAACGCUGCUCUCUGCCAUCGCCAGCGCCCUGCACACCAGCCCGGCGCCCAUCACUGGCCAGCUCACGGCUGCGGUGGAGAAAAACCCCGGCGUCUGGCUGAACACGGCGCAGCCGCUCUGCAAAGCAUUUGUAGUGACCGACGAUGACAUCAGGAGGCAGGAGGACCUGGUGCAGAACGUGAGGAGGCGACUGGAAGAGGCCCUGAUGGCCGACUCUCUUGCUCAUAUAGAGGAUGUAGCGGCGGACGAAGCGGUGGACAAAGCGGAGCAGAGCAGCGAGCCGCCGGAGAAGGAGGAGGUAUAGCCACGGCAGGUUUGCUGAUACUACUCCGUAUAUACAUAUAUAUAUUAAAAAAACCUCCAUCUUUAAUUUGUAUGCAGGAAAGCAAUUGAAAUCUGAAAGUUUUCCUAACCUAAACAAAGACUGUCAUCUUUAUUGUUUUUAUAUUUUUACACUUGGUAGUUUAUUCCUAAAAGGGUGCUUUUUGUUUUGUUUUGUUUUUUACCUCUACUAAUGUAAGGCAGCUGUGGAUGGUGCUCCUCAAUACAAUGCAGUGUUACAUUUAGUUUCCAGAUGUUUAACCUCAGCGUUGAAGUUACAAACCUCACACAUGUGAAUUUCUGUUGCAAUGUUUAUGUCGGUUCUGCAGAGGCUGUGUAUAUUUUUAAACCGUUCUCCCUGAUUGUGUUGCUUUAUAUUUCACCGAUGCUGUGGGCAGUUUGUUAUACGACGCGUGUCUCCGGAAGAGCUGCAGUAUUUUUCUACGAACACAGCACUAAGUGUGGCUGUGGAUAAACGGCUGUCUUCAAGUUUCACCAUUUUAGUUUUGUCCACAAUACUUUGAGUUUACUAAACCCGAGUCCUUGUAUUUGCGUCGGCAGAUUUCUUCUGUUCUUUAGCCAACGGAGUCGGAGCUUGGAGAGUAACAUUAAAGAUCUGAAAGUGUCCAACACCAACGCACUGCACUGUACGUCAUGAUGAUAUAUUUGGUUGUGAAAUAAAUGCAGCUUCUUUAUAA